CAACCAACAGACGAAGAUCCUGAUGAAGGAGUCAGAGAAUUAGUAGAAAUCACAUUUAAACGAUUGGAUGUGGAUCAUGAUGGAAGAUUGAAUUUUACCGAUUUUCAACAAGCUGUUGAAGAUAAUGCACUACUGUUAGAAAUUUUAGGACAAUGUUUUCCAGAUGAAGAG